AGGCGCCACCUCUGAGUUACAGCAAACAGAAACUCCACAAAAAUCACACACUGCUGGAAAAUGGAGAACUAUUGUUUGAAGGGUGUUCAACUCAGUAGCCUCUGGAGUUUCCUUAGAGAGCUGAAAAGAAAGUAUAUUGGUGCUUCUUCAGUUGUAUUGAUGGAAGAUUCUGAUUCUUGUUCAAAUGGUGAAAAUGAAAGCAGUAUGGAAAAUGAAGCAGUAGUUGUUCCACUAAGAAGAAUGUAUAGUUGCAGAGGGCGAAAGCUGUCUUCAGUUGUUACAAGAAUAUGCAAGUCUUUGAGUUGGGAAGUUGCAAAAGAGAUUCCUUUUAGAAAAGCUAUGAGGAAAUAUGGCUUUUCUCGUUCCAUAAAUGCCUUUAAUAUGAUUAUACAUAUUUUCGCGUUCGCAAGGAUGCAUAUGGAAGUCCAUGCCUUGCUUAAAGACAUUGUUUUCUACUUUCAGAAGGCUGGUUUUGACUUGUAUAACAUAUUCCAUCUUUUUACUCUGCACACACCAUAUAGUGCAACAACUUUGGUUUUCGUGGCUGAUGUACUUAUCAAGGUGUUUGCUGCGAAUAAAAUGCUUGAUUGUGCAAUUGAUGUUGUUAAACAGGCAAGGAAAUUUGGGCAUCAACCAAGUAUUUAUUCAUGUAACUUUCUACUGAAAUGCUUGGUAGAAGCAAAUAUGAAGGAGCAUCUUCUAAAUCUAUUUGAAGAAAUGAAAAGCUUUGGGCCAUUGCCUAAUGUAAGGACCUACACAAUCCUGAUUAACUUUUACUGCAAAAUAUAUCAAGGGAUAGAAGAAGCCGAAAAGAUUUUUGAAGAAAUGCAGAAAAGACAGAUCAGUCCUUCUGCUGUUACAUAUAGUACAUACAUUGAUGGACUUUGUAGAGUUGGAGAGGCUGAUUUUGCUCUGGACUUCAUUCGGGAUCUGAGAGAUAAUAACAAGUCACUGAAUUGUUACUGCUACAAUGCUAUUAUUUGCAGAUUUUGUGCUACAGGUGAAGUAAAUAAAGCUUUAAGCAUUUUUGACGAAAUGAAGAGUUUUGGAAUUAUACCAGAUAUUCAUAGCUAUAGCAUUCUGAUUGAUGGAUUCUGCAAAAGCCAGAACGUCGAGAAAGCUAUAAAGUUAAUUGAGGAGAUGAAAGCUAAUAACAUAAAGCCUACCGUAGUCACUUAUAGCUCACUUCUUAAUGGAUUCUGCAAAAUUGGAGCGAUGGAAAUAGCUAUUAAAACGUUUUAUGAGCUUGAGAAUUCUGGAUACAAAUAUGAUCAGACUGCUUACAGUAUCUUAAUAAAUGGAUUUUGUGCUCAAGGAAAUGUCACUUCAGCCUAUAAGCUACUGGUGGAGAUGAUCAACAAUAAUUUGGCUCCGGAUGAUUCACAUUAUAAGCGAUUAAUUCGUGGUUUCUGCCAGAUGGACUCCUCUAAUAAAAUGGAGUAUUUAAGUAUGACGGUACAAGAAGGUAACUUGCCUGAUACCAUUACCUGCAAUUUCAUUGUCAAUUGGUACUGUACUGAAGGGAGUGUGACAGAAGCUUUGCAACUGAUUGAUAGAAUAGUGAAUCAAGGCAUCACAUCAAAUAAGUAUUGCUAUAAUGCAGUCAUUAACAGGCUGUGCAAAGAUGGAAAACCAGAAAAGGCUUUGGAAGUAAUUCCAAUAAUGCUUAAGAGGAACGCAUUGCAUGUUGCAAGCUGUAACACUCUUAUUGAUGGUUUUGCUAAACAGUCCAAUUUAAAAAAGGCUUAUAUGUUGCAUGAGAAAAUGCAAAAACUUGGGAUUAAUCCUAACAUCAUCACGUGGACAAUUCUUGUGAACAUAUUAUGCAUGACAGGACAAGUGGGAAAAGCCAAUGAACUUCUUAGGGAUAUGAUUAUGAUGGGAUUGAAUCCUGAUACUAUCUCUUACACCUCCAUGAUAGCUGGCUUUUGUAAAAAUGGAUAUGUGAAUGAGGCCUUCAAAUUGUUCAAGAAAAUGCCACAUAUGCCUUCUGUUGUUACUUAUAAUUGCCUCAUUGAUGGAUGUUGCAAGGUAAAUAGAGUGGAUAAGGCUUUAAUGCUGUAUCGGAGAAUGCAAAAACUUGGGGUUACUCCAGACAUCAUCACGUGCACAAUUCUUAUUAAAGGAUUAUGCAAGAGGAGCAAAGUGGAAAAAGCCUAUAAACUUUUCAGGGAAAUGAGACUGAAUCCUGAUAAGGUCGCUUACACCUCCAUGAUCGAUGGCUUAUGUAAAAUGAGAUAUGUGAGUGAGGCUUUCGAAUUGUUCAUGGAAAUGCCGGCGAAGAUGCCUUCUGUUAUUACAUAUACUUGCCUGAUUGAUGGAUUUUGCAAGGAAGGCCGAAUGGACAAGGCCAAAAUGUUGCUAGAUGAAAUGCGAAGACAGAAUGUCUCUCCUGAUGUCAAAACUUAUAACAUAAUGAUUUAUGGAUACAAAAGACGUGGACAAUUGGAUCUAGCUUAUGAUAUGUUUUGGGAGAUGAUAGACGAAGGUAUCUUGCCCGAUGAUGUU